CAAUUUGUAAAAAGAGAAAAGGAAAUCAUAAAUGGAAACAUGUCACCAGAGGCCGUGAUAGACUAUUACGAUAAUUGGUCAGGCAAUGGAUAUGAUGAGGACGUUUCACCACAAGUUUAUCUAGGACCAAAAAUGACAGCUGAAACAGUAGCUUCUCUGUUUGACACAUCUGCACGUGACAACAUAGAAAUUCUUGAUAUAGGUGCCGGAACUGGCCUUGUUGCAACACAGCUUCGCAAACAUGGAUUCAGAAAAAUUGAUGCCCUUGAGCCGUCAAUCGGGAUGUUAAAUUUAUCGAGGAAAAUAAAUGUAUACAGAAACUAUUACAACUGUUACCUGACAAAUGAUGCAAUACCAGAUGUCAAAGGAUGUUUUGAUUGUGUUUUAACAUGUGGAUGUUUUGUACCCGGACAUCUCCCACCUGAUUCCCUCUACGAAUGUAUACGGUUUACGAAGAAAGAUGGUAAAGUUGUUAUAACAAGGAGAGCAAACUAUGGUGAGCCUGAAUAUGAGCAGUCUAUAAGAACUGUAAUGGAAGAAUUAGAAGUCCAUGGUAAAUGGAGAAAGACAUUAGAAAUACCUGUCCCUAAUUAUUGUUAUGAUAAUGUAGGUGUCACCUAUGUAUUCACUGUUCUAUAA